AUGACAGCAGAAGCUUCAUCCUCAGGGGAUGAUGAUGCUGAUCAGCUCAAUAAGUCGAGCAGGCACUCCAAAAAGGAACGAAUAGAGAGUGAUGAUGAAAGCAUGGACGAGGGAACUGAAAAGCCAAAGAAGGUGAAAAAGAAAAAGAAGAAGGUUACCAAAAAAGAUGCUGAAGCCGGGGGUGAAGUUAAGAAGAAGAAGAAAAAGAAGAAGAAACCUGCUGAAGCCGUGGCCAAUGCGGAAGCUGAAGCAGCUAUAGACAAUGCCGAGGCUGAAGUUGGAGCUGAAGCUGAGGCUGUUAUAGUGAAUGCUGCUGAAGCACAGGUCUCGCCUUCUGUCUCCCCGUCCUCCGCAGAUGGUGAUCUUAUGCCACUGAGAAUGCCAGUUAGACGGCAAAGUCAAGGCAACAUUGAUCUUAUAGACGGUUCAGAUGCAGGAUCGGAAGAGGACGUUGAUGCUGAUGAUGUUACUGCCAAAACGUCUGGACAAGGUAACAGAAGAGCGAAUUCCACUGGAACCUAUGACAAACAAGCGCAUGUACAGUUCUUGAAAGCUCAAAAACAAAAGGGUCGAGCUGCAAUGUCAUCCGGAUCUUCAGGCUCGUACUCCGACAACAAUAAUGAUUCCGAUUCAGGAUCCAAUCGUGAUCAAUCUCCACGUCAACCUCAAUCUCGUUCUAGCGGUAAUAGACCAGUACGAACCAGGCGAGAUCCCAACCAGGCGAGAUACAAAUCCAACUCCUUGGGAGCGCUGGACAAGAAGAAACAGCAAAUGCUAUUAAGAAAAAAGCAAUCCAUACGAAUACCUGCUGCUUCUAGGCAAAACAUGAGGUACAUGUCCAGUGAUGAUGAAGAUGAUCUUUCGGAUGCUUCGAAUGGAUCGGAUAACGAAGGACAAAUGGCACUAGGUGGUGACGACAUUCCCACUAUGCCCUCUCGAGAUCGGGCACCUCGUCCAGCUAGGGCAAGGAGACCUGGGGGGCAAAAGUUCAGAUCUACUUCCGCUGGAGUAUUGGACAAGAAUGUCCGAGAUCGAUUCUUAAAAAAGUUGGGCGAUGAAGAAGAUGAUGGUGGAGAAAGAAAUAAUAGCGAUGGUGGCACAUCGGACGAAGGUGAAGUAGAGGAUGAACGGCCCAGACGUCCACAACGAGUAAGGCGGGGAUCCAACCAACAACGCUUCCGAUCCACCUCCGCAGGAGUCCUGGACAAGAAAAAGAGAGAUGUGUACAACGCCAAGAAUUCACCUCCGACCGGCGCCAAUUUCAUAAAGCCCCGAAAGCGAUCAGUUGGUGCCAUCAAGGCCAAGGAAACGGUGGAACGAUCCAUGGCAGAGUCGUCUUUGCAUCAAGCGCAGCCCAAUAUCCGAGUAGCUCUACCACGAUUGCGUUCCUAUGGUGCCUUGAAUGCGAGAGGAAGCGGGAGUACCACGAGUCGACGCAGCAGUCGAGAUCGAUCCGUUGUAAAUGGUAGUGAUUCGGAUGCCAGUUCGGAUUCACAGGAAGAUCGAAUGGUCCAAUCGGAACGACUUUUGCGGACAGAUUGGGUGGAUGACAAGGGCGGUGACGAUGACGACGACGAUGAUGAUUCUAGUUCAGAUGGCUCGGCAGAAUCGGAAGUCAUUUUAGUGGAAUCGGCCGCGUUGCCAAAAUCCUUUCGGCCGAGCCGGAAAUGGGCGGAUGCUAGCAAGGAACUUGAUCAAUUGCCAAGUGUGACACGCACUUCGUCGGCGCAGAGCCUACCGGGAAACAGUAACAAGAAACCCGCAGAAAAAGUUCUUCCAGCAUCAGCAUCAGCGGACACCUCUGUGGUGACCGAAGAAGAACAACAAGACGUAUGGAUGGAAACCUUGAAUAAUGGUGGUGGAAAGAUGAAGAAAAAGAAGAAGAAGUCGAAAAAGGAUGGUAUGGACAGCUCGGCUCACAAGAAGAAGACAAAGAAAAAAGACAAGCCACGAAAGAGCUCGGCACCAGGCUUGGAGUCGGGAUCGUAUCAUUAG